AACUUACUAUCUAAAUGAGGAGAGGUGUAGUGAGGAAGGUGUUAGUGAGGGAGGUGUGGUAAUGGUGGUUCCAGGGAAGGAGGUUUGGUACUGGUGGUCCCAAUAAGGGUGUUGUAGUGGUCUUCCUGGUGAGGGAGGUGUGGUAGUCGUCCUGGUGAGGGGGUGUGGUAGUCGUCCUGGUGAGGGAGGUGUAAUGGUGGUAGUUCUGGUGAGGAACAUUUGGUGGUAGCUGUAACAAUGGUAGUCCUGGUGGGAGAUUGGGUAGUGAUGGUCCUGGUGAGAGAUACGGUGGUGGUGGUCCUGGUGAGGGAGAUACGGUGGUGAUAGUCCUGAUGAAUCAGACAUGAUGGUGGUCCUGGUGAGGGAGAUACGGUGGGGGUGGUCCUGAUGAAGACGUGGUCGUCCUGGUGAGGGAGAUAGGGUGGUGGAGGUGGUGGUGGUAGUGACGGGGAGAAAGUGGAUGUGAGGUAAAUGCUUCACAUCGUCAGUGGUGUCUGACUCACUGGUGAAGUUGCUGGUGUUUGCCAAGUGCUGCUGCUGCUGCUGCAGUGUGUGGUUGAGCCUACCCGACCUCAAUGUACGGUGCUGUGUUCUCUCCAUCGAUAAGAUUUGAUAAGAUUGUGUGAGAGUUAUGCAGGAAGCAGUGUCAACACGUCAGUGUGUUAAAACUCAGUAUUCAGUGAGCUUCACGCGAAGAUGCUUAUUAAGGAAUUUUACAGUGCACCAGCGUCGAAGAUUUGAAGCCAAUCGGACGACACAUUCUCAAUGAAAACCUUGGAGGAUGCGAAAAAGAAUGUUAACCUCUUUCAGUCGGGUGCCCCUACCACUCACAGUGGAGGAGUACCACCUGGCCCAGCUGUGGGCAGUGGCAGAGGCGAGCAAGAGGGAGACAGGUGGUGGUGAGGGUAUAGAAGUGAUCACCAACGAGCACUUCACAGACUACCCACUGAUGGCAGGACGGUACAUCAGCGGCCAAUAUACCUACAAGAUAUUCCACCUCAAGCAAUUUAUAUACAGUAUAGUAUAUAUGGUGUGUUGCAGCAAGGUACCGUCCUUUAUUCGUCUUCUAGCUCCCGAGGGAGCUCUUGAGGUCCAUGAAAAGUCCUGGAACGCCUACCCCUAUAGCAAGACUCUCUAUUGUAACCCCUACAUGAAGGAUGACUUCCUAAUCAGUGUAGAGACGGUGCAUGCAGCAGAUAGAGGAAAUACAGAGAAUAUACAUGGGCUAAUGAGGAGCAAGUGGCGGGAGGUAGAGGUGGUGAUGGUAGACAUUGCCAACGAUCCUGUCUCUGCUGCUGACUACCACCCUGAUGAGGACCCCACCAAAUACAUCUCUAAGAAGACUGGUCGAGGACCUCUUCGAGAUCCAUACUGGUGGCUGCAGAGUGAGCCAGUGAUGACAUGCUACAAGCUGGUUUCAUGUGAAUUCAGGUGGUUUGGUAUACAGGCACGGGUAGAGCGUUAUAUCCAGGACUUUGAGCGCCGCAUCAUCACCAAUUUCCAUAGACAAGUGUUCUGCUGGAUGGAUGAAUGGUAUGGUUUGACCAUGGAGGACAUUCGCUGCAUUGAGGAUCUCACCAAGAAAGAGCUGGAUCAGCAAAGACGAGAGGGAACAGUAAGAGGCACCCUGGGAUGAAGCUGUCUUUCAAGUUUGCUUAGAAUGCAGCUGUCUUCUUCACUAUAACCAGUUAUUUAUAAUCCUGUAUAAUUCAAAUUUGAGUCAUUCACCAAAUGGCUCGCACCUGGCAACUUAUCAUGUAAAGAUAAAUAACCAUUGUAUAGGUCGGCCAUCGUUAAUCCGGCAUCAUCGGGACCUGUAGAGUGCCAGAUUAAUGAUUUUGCUGGAUUACAGAGUGGUUAGGGCAGAAUACACUUAAUGGUGAUAUUUACACAUCGUGAUUUCAUCCACUUUAUGCUCUAUUUUUGUCCCAUUCCAUUGUUCCAGUCUACCAAACUCAUAGCUAUUUCGCUAGUAUUCCUUCUAUUCUGUCGACUGAGUACAAGAAACCACCCAUUCACCUAUUUCAACUACCCAAUAAAGUGGUUAGAAAUCGUAAUUUGGCCAAUUUCACACAAAUUUCAAAAGAUGCCAGUUCCGAAAUAGGAUCCAGAAUAAACAGUGCAAAUGUGUAUUCCUAGCAUUAAAAUAACAUUUUCUCUGUUCAUUUGUCACAUCUCCAGGCCCCUCUUAUAUUAUGCUUGCUUUCUAUUUUGAAUUUUUAUUCAUACAAAAAAUAGAAGAUUUACUGUUAUGCAGACUACUGCAUUAUUAUAAUAAUUCUAUAAAUAAUGUCAACUCAUUCAUGACUGUGUAUUAGACCGGCCAGUUGGACACAUAUUGGAUGGUGACAUCAUUUGUUUAUUCUUGAACAUCAGCAAAAAUCAAACAUUUCCACUACUUUGAGCCCAAUUUUAAGGUACUUUCCAGCGUGAAACCAAUCAAAAUUAUAUCUAUUUCUGUAAUAUAUUUUCCAUUCUAUCAGAUGAGACCAAAAAACGAGAAUACAACCAUACAAACCAUAUGAAAAUACACUGCAAAGUCGGGUUUACACCAUAAGCACGGUCGCAGUUUUUUCUCAUUAUGCAUUGCAUGCUGCAAGAUUUUUUUAUAUAGUGCACACUUGCCACACAGACCUAUUCUCUCAUAUGUAGGCCCAAAUUUACCAGUCACAGCUUAUCUGAGUGAACUGAGCUCAUGUGACGACAGUGGCUUCAAAGCCCCUUAAUCUUUUAUGGACAAUGUAUGGUGUAUGUGCUUUACACAAUGAGAAGCAUUUCUAUUAUUCAUUGGAACUAUGGCUAGGGCUGAAAGUGAGCAGGUUAUAACAAUAAAUGGAGAAAAAGAAAUUGGAAUGACUUGUGCAGCAAGUAGCAACACCAAACAGUAGUGGCAGGUUGGUGUGGUGACCCCUGAAAUCUGAAAGUAUGCUAGCUGACUUAGUGCCAGAUUACUGAUGGAACUGGAUUGCUGAUUGCCGGAUUAGUGAUGGCCAACCUGUACCAUUAUGGUACAUUUGAAAAACAGGCAGGUACACAUUUAGCAGAUUUGAUUGAGUUCUGCUUAUUGGUUUACACAUUAAGAAAAUUUAGUAAAAUUUUUUUUUUUGUUUGUUUGUUUUGCAUACUAGAAAGGACACUUACCCUUGAGGAUAGGCUGGUUUAGUAUAACUGCACAGUACAGUAUUAUACUUAGACAUAUGCCCUGUUUAUUAAAAUUUUAUUUCAAAUACUAUAUAUCAGUUUUCACAUUAGAUUAAUGUGUUUUAAAAUAGUGAUAUUAUUUAUCCUGUUCUCAUGCCACAAGUGAUACAAGUGUCUUUUUUAAUUUGCUCAUAUGUGGUUAAUAUACUGUAAGUAUUCUUUACACGUUUACAUAACUUACUCUAACAUAACAAGAAAAUAAUUUUCGCAGGUUUACAGGAAACAGUCAGAAAUUGGGAAUAGUUGAAGAAAAUUAAUAUAAUAAAAUGAGGACAAGUUUGUACAGUAUUAUAAUAAGUGUCCAUAUUGAUUUGUUGAAAAUACAGAUGAAACGUUAAAUGUCUAAGCUGAAUGUUGAUGUCAAAGCUGAAUGUUUUAUCACUUUUUCAAGAAACCACAUAUACAGAGUAUACAAAAAAGAAAAAUGAGUUUUAUGAAAAAGUUGCAGUGUACAUACUGAUAAUUUUGUUAUUCUUCAUCCAUACCUUAUAAUAAAACUUUUUCCUGUUCAUAAAGAAGACUCCAUCAUUAGUUGUAACAAUACUAGAGGACUAGAGUAAUUACUACAGGAAGUCAGUUGAAAUAUUCAAUGUUAUACAGUGGCAACUCUGCCUGUGUCCUUCCCUUGUGUCUUCUUCCUCUUCCUCUCGUAUCUCCACUGUGUAGCACUGAAUGACCGUUGUUUGUUUAGCACUCUCCACAAUUAUUAUUAUUAUUAAUAUAUAGUCGGACUUGAGUCCUGGAAAUGGGAAGUACAAUGCCUGCACUUUAAAGGAGGGGUUUGGGAUAUUGGCAGUUUGGAGGGAUAUGUUGUGUAUCUCUAUACGUAUAUGCUUCUAAACUGUUGUAUUCUGAGCACCUCUGCAAAAGCAGUGAUAAUGUGUGAGUGUGGUGAAAGUGUUGAAUGAUGAUGAAAGUAUUUCUUUUUGGGAUUUUCUUUCUUUUUUUUUUGGGUCACCCUGCCUCGGUGGGAGACGACCGACUUGUUGAAAAAAAAAAAAAAAAAAAAAAAAUAAUAUAAGAGAGCACUAAACCUGUAGGGAUAUACAGCACCCAUGGGGGAAGGGGGGGGUGGAAGGCAUUCAGGCACAGUUCAGGGAACCGGAACACAGAUCCAAUUCCCUAGAUCAAGAGCCCCCUCACUAGUAUCAAGGAACCUCCUUUGAGGGGGGACACUCUCCACAAAUAGUAUAAUGUAGAAAAUUAUUGUAGUCACAAAAUGCACCAAACUUGAAUGGGUCAUAAAGUAUUAUUAUGUAGAAAAAUAUUUUCCUUAAUAUAAAUUUUAAGUCACUAAUAGUAUAUGAAGUAACAUUAUACUGUAAUACAGUAUAUAUAUUUUCUUUAGAUACAGUAUUUUAUUGUGGUUUGGAGGAUCAUCUGUAAUGUCAGCAUGCUUCUGGAAAGAUAGUGAUUGAUAGUAAAAGUACUUUCUUCUCUGUUGGGUCAUCCUACCUUGGUGGGAGACAGCUGGAGUGUUAAAAAAAAUAACAGUAUUUGAAAAUAUUGUACCUCUAAUCAUAAAAUUCAUUAACAGCUAACACUGUAAUAUCAGUUAUAGGCCAAAUACCUGUAAUGUAUUUAAAAAUGCUGUGAUGACUGAUUUGAUAAUGCUAUUUUUUUAACUUAUUAGUCUGUAUAUGAUCCCAUAUGAAAUCUAGAUUUUUUAAUAAUAAAUAUUAAUUUAAUGUU